CGUGAGUCGACGCGCGGCGACGGCGAUGGGGCCGGGCCGCUGCAUGGCGCGGCGGCUCGGGCCGCUGCUGUGGGGUAGGGCCCUUUCUCCGGGAGCAGGGCCCGCGGCAAGCGUGGGGCCUCGACUUCGGCCGCUGGCCGUGGGGCGACUGCUGGCGGGCCCGGCGCUCGGCCGGGUCUGCCUGAUCUCCGACCGUGCUCGCGGCCUGCACGGGGGGCCCGGCCUGGAGGAGCUCCGGGAGCGGGCAGCCGGCGAGGGUCGCCCCGAGUCAGGCACAGCAGAUCAUACUGGUCCCAAGUUUGACAUCGAUAUGCUGGUUUCACUUCUGAGGCAAGAAAAUGCAAGAGACAUUUGUGUGAUCAAGGUUCCUCCAGAAAUGAAAUAUACAGAUUACUUUGUGAUUGGUAGUGGAACUUCCACCCGACACUUACAUGCCAUGGCCUACUACAUUGUGAAAAUGUACAAAUACCUGAAAUGUAAAAGUGAGCCUCAUGUUAAGAUCGAAGGGAAGGACACUGAUGACUGGCUCUGUGUGGACUUUGGCAGCAUGGUGAUUCAUUUGAUGCUUCCAGAAACCAGAGAAACCUAUGAAUUAGAGAAAUUAUGGACCCUACGUUCUUACGAUGACCAGUUAGCUCAGAUAGCACCUGAGACAUUACCUGAAGACUUCAUUCUUGGAAUAGAAGAUGACACUUCAUCCCUGACUCCAGUGGAGGUCAAAUGUGAAUAAAAUGAUAUGAACUGCUUUAGUCAUUUCA